GCUAACUGGGACGGCAUCAUGGACAAAGAGACUGGCAUCCUUGGCUACUCCUGGACCGUGGGGAGACAAAUCUGUGAGGAGCUGAUCCACCCUCAUCAUGACCCUCACAGACACCUGUUUGACGAAUCAGCGUGGACAAACACUGGCCUCCUUUCCCCCGUACCAGCUCCUCACGACCCCCUCCCAGAUGGGAAAUACUACAUCACACUCCGGGCCUUGAACAAGGUUAACUAUGGAGGUCCGCUGGUGACAACAAUCUGCCACACCACGCCCCUUGGAAUAGACAACUCGCCACCACUCCUACAUGAAAUCUAUAACAUCUCCUACAAUGAAGAGAGCUUUUUCAUCAAUGCACAGUAUAAUGCCAGUGACCCAGAUUCAGACAUCAAAGAAGUGGACUUGUGUCUGGGACAGACCACACGUGACUGUCAUCACAUGGACUGGCAGAGAUCCUCGCACAGUGAUGGCGACAUCACCCGUCAGUUCCAGAUCCCAGGUGGAACUCCUGUCUGGAUUAAAGUCAGGGUGAUUAACAACGUUGAUUUGAUGAAAGUGGGCGUGUCCGACCAUCCGAUCACAGUCGACACAUCACCCCCUGAACCAGGCAUUGUUUAUGAUGGACCCGUCUACAGGCUUGACCUCAACUUUACCAAGGAUGCUGAGAAGAUUUGUGCAAACUGGUUUGGGUUUUAUGAUCCCGAGUCUGGUAUUUCCCACUACGAGUUGUCGGUUCUUGAUGACACAAACACAGCGAUCUCCAAACCGGUCAGUCUUGACCACAAGACACACGAGACAUGUGUCCAGCUUGACCCUGACCAGAUGCUCCGUCAUGGCAAGGCCUACAGCUUCUAUAUCACCGCAUUCAACGCUGGCCACAAACAGCUGAACGUAUCGGCAAUGUCAGAUGGAGUGAUCGUGGACCUGACUCCCCCGGUGCUGGGUGAAGUUGUUGACGGUAUACGGGACGGCUUUGCCGACGUUGAGUUCAGUACCCACGUUGCCACAGUGGGAACCCAGUGGAGGAACCACAGUGACCCCGAGUCAGGCAUCAGAGAAUAUGCAGUACAGAUACUCAGAGCAAAAGGGUUGUCUCCCGACUUUGAGGUAGUAAAGGACUGGAAGACUCUGGGCAAAGACGUCAGCCAGAUCGAGUGGCACAGCUUCCACCUGAACCAUCAGGACGUUGUCAAGACGAAGCUGAAAACCAUCAACAACGCCCUGGGGACUGUAGAACAGACAACAGAUGGGUUUGUUGUGGAUCUCACCCCGCCCAGGAUGGUGUUCCUAGGUGAUGGACGUGAACAGAGCAAAGAUGCGGAGUUCCAGAUAUCUAGCACUACUGUUGAAGCUAACUUUCAGUUUAAAGAUGACGAAUCUGGGUUGGACCAUUUCAAAUACCAGGUGUAUGAGCUUUACCAUGGGUCAAAACAUCAGAUCUACCCCGGCCCAGAAGGUUGGGAGAUCACCAGCGACCCAAGCAGCACCAGUCUCAGUAAGUCUGGCUUGAGUCUCCGACCGGGCGCUCAGUACAGUGUGAGAGUAGGGGCCGUCAACAGAGCCGGGGCCGUCGCCAUCUACGACACAAACGGUGUACUUGUUGAUAAUACACCGCCUAAGAUGAAAUGGGUGUACGUUGGCAUUUUCUCUGACAAUGAAGAAGAGUUUAUAGACGGCUACGUUAUCCAGUCCGACCCUAGCGGUAUCAAGGCCACCUGGUUUGCCAUGGACAGUGAGAGUGGCAUCAAGUCGUACAUGGUGGCCAUUGGAACCACUCAAGGGGGUACUGAUAUCCUAAACUGGAAGGACUUUGGUUCUGACAGAGACAAAUACAUGGACGAGUUGACCUUGAAUGUGACCGACCUUGACACGAUGACCCCAGUUUACUACGUGUCUGUGAAAGCGAGCAACGGAGCCGAUCUGACCAGUGACGUCAUCACAUCAAACCCCAUCCGGGUCGUUGACCAGGACAAGGCAGGUAUUGUCAUCGAUGGCGCCGACUUGACCGAGAGAGACAACUUCACGGGCAUCGGUAGCGACAUGGACUACCAGAAAGACACAGGAGUUGUGACGGUACAGUUUGCCGGGUUUGAGAGCCAUGAGCACGGUCUGACGUACUAUGACUGGGCGGUGGGCACGACACCUGGUGGCGAAGAGGUGCAACCGUUCAUCAUGGCGGGUCUCAUGCAUGAAGAAUCAGAGACCAAUGUUUCUGGAAAUGGUAUCGCAAGCAUGGGAUUUGGCCAGGCUGUCCUCCCACUGUCAUCCGGCACGACAUACUACACCACAGUCCGCGGCAUCACCAACGCUGGUAACAUCCUGGAAUCUUCGUCAGAUGGAUUUACUGUUGAUAUUACGGCUCCUGAAAUUCACAUCGAAAGCUAUGGCUCUGAGAACAACCAGAGCAGACUGACCCCCACCACGACACUGUACCAAUCUGAGGUGGACUCCAUCUCCUCCUCCUGGAAGGCUGCAGACAGUGAGAGUCCAGUCAAGAAGAUGUACUACUCUCUUGGGACCUACCCUCACGGGGAGGAUGUCCAGCCCCGGACUGACGUGGAGAUCCUGCUGACCGGCGAGGGGUCUCUACCCACUGGCAUCAAACCCACAACUGAUGGAAAACCAAACAUUCUGACUUUGACAGCCGAAAAUGAACUUGGGUUGUCAGCCAGCAUUAUCUCCCCUUAUCUUGUGGUGGACACCUCAUCCCCAACAGAGGGGGUGUUGACAUGUCCAAGCUUCAUUCAGCCGAGAUCUGCAGUGGAGUGCACAUGGACAGGGUUCUACGAUGCCGAGAGUCAGGUUGUAGAGUUUGAGUUUGCUGUAGGCUCCCAUGAGGGGCUGGAGGACGUCAUAGCACCUGUCAAACUGCCGGGACAUGCUGCCAAAUAUCUAGUCUCAGGCUUAGCGGAUAAGGUGACACAUGGUCAGAGUUACUACGCCAAGGUCAAGGCCAUCAACCAAGUGGGAAUGACGUCAUCUAGCAUCUCCAACGCCAUCAACGUUGACACCACACCCCCAUCGCCGGGCACUGUGGUGGAGUUGAAGUCUGUUUACAUCAUCAACGUCACCGACGAGAUCAUCACCGAGAAACUCAACACCUACAAGUGUGACACACAGGAAGACUGCCUGGCUAUAGACGCGGUGUGCCAGGAGUCUCUGUCCACUGUCAACGUGGCCUGGCAGACCUUCACUGAUGACGAGACGGAGAUUGUCAAAUAUGAGAUAGCUGUUGGCACUUCACCUGGAGGGGGACAGCUGAGGGGGUUCUUUGAGACUGAUAACGUCACAAAGAGAUACCUGUCAGUCACGGGCCUGAUACUGAAGGGAGUGAGACAGAUAUUUGUGACAGUAAAAGCUACCAAUGGAGCUGGCCUCAGCACAAUAUCCACAUCUAACGGUAUCUACAUGUCCUACCUCAGUCAGGGCUUGGAGCCGCUCACUCAUGUUGGAAUCUGGGAUGGCGACAGUCACGAUGGAGACAUUGACUUCCAGACAAGUCUGUCCCGAAUGGGGGCCAAGUGGGACGUGUCAGGUGACCCGUGUCCAGUGGUCAAGUAUGCGUGGGCAAUACAAAGGGCUGACGGUCUGAGGGUCCAGGAGUACUUCAAUACAGAAGGAAGAAUUCAUGGCGUCAACGACCAACUGAGCAUGCAGAACAUGGAACGCUACUACCAGUACCUACGGGUGACCAACUCCAUGGACUACACCUACACCAUCAGGUCGAACGGCAUCACCAUCGAGGAUGACCCCCUGGUGCCUGGACAAGUCAAUGAUGGAGAUGUCGUGGGAUUUGACCUCGAGUUCCUCCGAACUAAAAAUAAAGUCAGCGCCAACUGGGACAAGUUUGGUAGCGAUGGCAUCACCGACGACGUGUCAACUGGAAUAAAAGCUGAUGAGGACAAAGAGAAAUCUUCAAACCAAGAAGUCGCUUUCUACGAGGUUGCUGUUGGAACUGACCGCCGUUUCCCCAAAACACGUGACAACGUUGUGCCGUUUGUCAACGUUGGCCUCAACAAGACUGUGACCUUCUACGACCUUGACCUCACCCCCAUCACGGCAAUGUAUUACUUCACUGUGAGAGCACACAGCCGUUCCGGGUCUAGGACUGACGUCACGUCCAAUGGCUUCUCUGUUGGCUUUGAUGGAGGAGUCUCUGCCGGUUUCAUCGACAUGAAGGAAUUUGUCAACACUUACACUUUCGUAGAUGUACCUUGGGGUGGGUUCGAAUCCAAGAUCGGCAUGAUGAUGUACUACGUGGGUCUGUCCAACAACACGGAGGCGGGCAACUAUAGAUGUGGACAGUUUACUGAAAGAGGCUCCAUCACUGACAAUGCACGGCAAGGUAUUUUCAACAUUGUGGACCUACAAAAUGUCGGGAAGGACACAUUCAUGAAGUUUGAAAAUCUGUCUCUUGAGCAGAAUGGAGUCUACUAUGCUUGGGUUGUCGGUGCAGACAAGGCCGGAGAGUGCAACGUGACUAGUCACAUGUUCCAGGUGGACGUCACACCUCCAGUCAAAGGCAGGAUCAGAACAGGGCCCUAUUAUGACAUGCAACUGAGUUACUCGGCGAGCAGUGAGAGUCUUCAGACCUACUGGACAGACUUCAGUGAUGAAGACUCGGGGAUCCGCUGCUACCACGCAGCCCUGCUGAAGAGAGCCUCCUGUGACAAAGACUCGGCGGAAGAAACUGUCGUAGAUUCCAUAGAGAUUGAUGUAAACUACACGUCUUAUAAAUUCAUGGACAUCACUAUGCAGGGCAACACUCCCUACUUUGUGCGUCUCGUGGUGGAAAACUUUGCUGGUCUCAAGUCAACAUUAGACUCUCCACCGGUCCUGUAUGACAGUUCCCUCCCCUCCUCCGGCCUCGUCAUCGACGGGCACGACUUCACUCACGACAUCAGCUGGAGCGGCUCUGCCAAAACCGUCACAGGCACAUUCCUACACCACCCUGUGCCAGACGAGUCUCCAUGUCCUGUCCGACUGGUAACAUGUGAUGACUCGGAGUGGAAGUACCUGGAGUCAGACCGGAACUACGACAGCAACAACCAUAGCUUGACCUUGACCUACAGAUCAGCCAACGUCCAUCCCGAGUCCGGCAAAGUGGACAUCAAACUGGUCAGAGACACCAAGACUGACACCAUGUUUUCUGGAACCUACUUCAGAGAUGCUGACCUUGUGAAUGGCGGGGAGUAUAAGCUGUCUGUCCGAGCUGCAGCAGGUGAUGGUCAGGCGGUCACCAGUGUCCUGUUCUGGGACGGCCCAGAUGACUACAUCCUGGACUAUGACUACACACCAACACCGGACUGGACCAAGUCUGUCUGUGCCUGUUGCAGGGUGGAACCUGUUAAUGCAUCCUGUACGUGCAACUGUGAUUCUUACCUACAAGCGGAGAGGUACCACAAGAACAUCACCAAGAGAUCUGUGGAUGAGGAUGACCCUGGCUACGAGGUGAAGAAGCUGACAAACGAGGAAAAGAAGAAACUUCAAGGAACCGGUUCUCUCACUGGCAAGACUGAUAUCGGGAAUCCUAAUCUUAACCCGAGGAAGGCAUGUGGAGUACAAUUAUUUGGAGGUGCAGCAGCCAAGUUGGUGUCAUGGUGUGGUUAUGGAGACUACCUCAACGAACCUGAAGAAGCAGUGAAAGAUCUCGAACAAGACCCCUCCAGAAAUUAUCAUCAGUACAUUGUCAAGUUCACGACACAGAGAGACGAAGCAAGGGGAUCAGAGGUUACCUGGUGUAUGGCAGUAUUUAUGGACGGGGAUCUGCUGACGGAGCAGUGUGGAAUACCGCGUCUGUCUCCUGACACCAAACUCUUCCUGGGAGUAUGGAAUCACAAGAACUAUAUUCCUGACACUAAUCGAGAUUCGGAAGGACACCUAAAAGUUUGGAGUGCUACGGCUUCAUUUCGUGAUCUGGUGAUGCCAGCCGACAAGGAGAAGUUGUGUCGCUAUGGCAACCCUUUCCAAGGAGGUAACAACGCCAUUGUUCGAUAUGAGGCAGGAAUCGGGUCAGCAUCAGGUCUCUCUGAUGUAGUGCCGUACCAGCAGGUACAUACUCCGUGUAUCCCCUGCCUGACCCCCUGUGACAUGUACACAUGUGACGCGGCUUGUGACAGCUCAUCAACAGACCAGGUAAAGAUCACCCUCAACGACCUCAACCUUACAGAAACAACAGUUGUUGAGGGAGAAGUGGUCCCUGUAUUGUACUACCUCACAGUGAAAGCUGUCCUUGGGUCUGGAACAGAGGCCGUAUCGUCAUCUGACGGCUUCAACAUCGACACGUCACCACCUUUGUUUGACACCGACGUCAUGCUCUACAUCGACGUCGCCCAGGGAAAAUUCACUCCUGUGACGUACCAGGGAUCCAACGACACCAUCAAGGCUAUAUGGAAGUGCAAUGACAACGAGAGCGAAAUUACGAACUACGAGUGGGCGAUAGGCACGUCGCCAGGGGGAGAGGAGUUGCAGACAUUUGUAGCAACUGGGGAGUAUCCUGGAUCGAUGAACUCCGGACUUGUGGGCCUCCUUGAACACAACACGACAUACUACGUGACCGUCAGAUGUACCAACGGGGGUGGACUGGUCACAACAUACGCUGAUCCUAGAGGUGUGACCGUUCUGCUUGAGCCUCCCCUUGUUGAUGAUGUCAACACGACAAUAGUGGGUGCUGAAUCCCUUGGAGAGAAAGUGGUGCCGCCAAACUCCAUGAAAACCAAAGACAAAAACACCGUGGGUGCUUCCUGGACGGUGUCUGCAGAUGAGAGUGUCAGGCGAUAUGAUUUCUGUGUGGGGAGUUCCGAGGCCAGCAUCAGUGACAUCUUCCCCUGCACGUGGGUUGGCUACAACACGUCGGGGACGGUUACAGUGGCAGAUGGUUACCUUAAACUAAACGGCCGCAAUAUCUACAUGCUGAGUCAGUACAAGCUAGGGUACAAUGCCUCGGUACCCGGCACAACGGACAAGUCAGCCUUCACCAUGGCUCCAGGCACAGAGAUGUUCAUCUUCAUGAAGAUGUGUAAUGAGGCCCAGCUGUGCACGACCAAGUUGCUGGGCUCCACCAUAGUAGAGACAGACAAGUCCACGAUGGCGACGUCGUCUGAUGGUUCUGCCGUCACUGUAGAUGUUGGAGGUGGUGCGAGGAGGAAGAGGGACGUUUCAGGAGUAAUUGUAUCAACACCAGAUGGGUUGCAAGUCGGCCAGAGCAUUGUGGUCACUCAGCUCACGAAGCUUGAUCUGGAGACGGAAUACAAGUCUGACGCCUCGGUGGAGUUCGUCCCCUACAUCACUGACCCGUCUACAUCAACCACAGAAGAUGCCUUCACGGACAGAAUCCUCAGAAAGAGGCUCAACUAUCAGGAAACAGACCUCUCCUUCUCUCUCACUAGUGUUGGUAAUCUUCCCAUGCCAGGACCGGUGAACGUGACCUUCACCUAUGACUCCACGGUCACCAACACAACCUUGAUGCUGCUUCACUGGAAUACUGAUGCCCGACAGUGGCAACAGAGCAACAAGACUUGUCACCAUGAAACAGACACGGAGGUCAGAGACCCCGUGACCUCUCAGGUCACGGUCAAAGUAUGUAACACAAGGUCAACACUAGACAGCAGCAGUUCCAGACGUCGGCGAUCUGUGUCUGACACGUACUUCAGACACCCAACCCAGUUCCUACUGACUUCAGCUCUGACAGAGAUACCUAAUUCACCACCUCAGCUCACCAGCAUCACGUCUCUUGCCAUGCAGGAAGAUCAGGGUACAAUCGUAUACCAGAUGACUUCCACGGACGCCAAUGGAGACGUGGUCAAGUACAAGAUUAGUGACAACUUCACUGUGGCUGAUUUAGAACUGACGCUGUCAGAGGAUGGAUUGAUGACCUAUACACCUGCUACCAACUACUACGGAUCAGUAGAGGUCCCGGUUAUUCUUUAUGAGGUACCCCAGGCUGAGAUACCACCGGCUGAAACGGCUGUAAACAUCAGCAUCAUCAUCACCUCCGUCAACGACGCCCCCAGCGCCUUCGUCUUCAGUGAUGGAGUCAGCUUUCUUCACGCUGAUCCGACCCAUCCAGUCCUGAUUCUACUCGAGGAGGUACGAGUAAAUGACAGCAACCCUACAACAUACAGAUGGGAGUUUGGAGCGUACGACGUUGACGGUGACGACAACAUUACCAUCUACUACACUCAGCCAUCUAGCGGGAACCUCACAGUCGGCGACGUGAACACCGUGGUACCCUGCUCAUACAAUACGAGCGGCAUCCCCUGUGACAGCCUCCAUCUCCCCCAUCCUCCUGACUCCCUCAACUGGGUCUACAGGACCUUCCAGUACCAACCUGACCCUGGUUACUAUGGUUACGAUGAGGUCCGUGUAUACGCCCAGGACCAAGCAGGGGUAUACUCGGAUGUCAUCACGAUCAAACCAACUGUUAUGGAGAGGCCAUGCGAGAAUGGAGGAACAUGCAAAAGCAAGAAUGAAAGCGUGUACAACUGCACCAACUACCGCCGUGCUGAAGGUUUUGACCUCUACUACGAGUGUGCGUGCGCACCUGGCUGGACCGGCAUUCAUUGCGAGGAUGACGUCAACGAGUGCAGCAGCUCUCCAUGUUCCUGGCCGUACGUCUGCUACAACGACGUCAACCGAUACUACUGCGCAUGUGCGAAAGAUGAUCCAAACUGUGAUGGGUUGCAAGCAUGGAUGAUCGGUCUGGUUGUGUUGGCGGUGAUAUUGAUAAUCAUCUUAUCCUUGCUGGCUUGGUAUCUCUGCAUGCUCAAACGAGGUCGUUUCCACUGGUCCUUGAUAGCGUACAAGAUCUUCCGUAUCCGACCUAAGGGAUCCAGAACACCCUUUGUCAAUGAAGGCUUUAGUGAUGAUUUGAGCGGAAGUGAGAAAAGCCAUAAGGCAAAAGGCCUAACCAUUGAGCCACAACUCGAAGAGGCAAACAUCCGCUUUGACCACUCCAGACAUCAACCGACUCGUCCUGACUUCACUCGUGGUGCAAAAACGGACCGGCGCAUGACACCAGUUGAAGAUUACGGAGAAAGACCACGCAGUUCAUCCUCUCUUAUCAGGGGCAAGUCUACGGUCAGAAGAAAGUGACCCCGUGUGGCCCCCGGCCCCGAACCGGAACCAGACUAUGAUCCAUGAAGAACUCCGGAAACUAUGUAGAUAGUUGUCUUUCAGAAAAUGCUUAAAUAUAACUUACUUUAUGUCAUUUGUAAACACAUGUCGUGCAAAUGGUUGAUUUAAAAUAAAGGUUUAUUAACUGAAUGUUGAUAAAAUCAGUUAAUUAAAUAAUUAAAUCCCCAGUCUAAUAAUCUUAUUACAAGGGCUUCCAUUGAUGGAAACUGCUGAUAGGAUGUCAUCGAUAAAUGAUAUAUGAAUGUUGGCUGUGUGUUUCUAUCAAUGAAAUCUCACAGAAUAUUCUUCUAUUGUAACAAAGUUUAAAUUAGCGCCUAGACACGCAUAUGUCUUGAGUGGACAGUGGAAACUUGAAUAUGAGCUUGUAAAGGUUAAAAUUGUAAAAGCAAUGUAUUUUUUAAAAUCUUUUCAAGAUGUAUAUUUUAUCUAUUCACUUAAAAGAUCAACUUAAAUAGAUAUAUUGUGUAUAUACCACAACCAAUUGGGACUUGUGUGCACUGGACAGUAACGUAUUAAUAUAUCGCAUAAUUGUA